AUGUCUAGUCAUAUUGGUAUGUGGUUUAACCUUCGUCGGGAAUUAGGUAGACAUUUAAUAAAUGAUACAGCUCCGUCUGUGAUCAACAAGCCGUUGUCAGUUAUUCGACGCAAUAGAGAACUAUUGGAAAAUUAUAAUAUCACCUGGCCAGUGAGACACGUUGCCGAAAUAGAUGGUGAUAUUAUACUUGGUGGCCUCAUGAUGAUCCACGAACGCGAAGACAGAAGAAUAUGUGGUCCGAUUAUGCCGCAAGGGGGGAUCCAAGCUUUGGAGUGCAUGCUAUAUACGAUGGAUUGGAUAAAUAGCCAAAAGGAUUUUCUUCCCGGCAUAAAACUCGGCGCUUAUAUUUUGGAUGACUGUGAUAAAGAUACAUAUGGUUUGGAGCAAGCAGUGGAUUUCAUAAAAGGUUCUAUUAGCAAUAUCGAUGAUGGUACAUAUCGAUGUCCAGAUGGGUCAUCUCCAACCAUUAGACACAAGAGAAUAUCUGGAGUUCUUGGUGCGGCUUCGAGUGUGACGUCAAUCCAAGUGGCAAACCUUCUUCGUCUUUUCAAAAUACCCCAAAUUAGUUUCUUUUCUACAAGUCCUGAGCUGAGUAACAAAAACAGGUUUGAAUAUUUUCUAAGAACAGUUCCAUCUGAUCUAAACCAAGCUGACGCUAUGGUGCAGAUAAUCCAGCAACUCAAUUGGACUUACGUUUCUAUACUUUAUGAGGAAUCAAACUACGGAAUUCAGGCGUUCACAGUUUUAGAAGAGCUGUUAUCUCAGAAAGAGAUUUGCAUUGCAGUCAAAGAGAGACUGACAAAGGAUUCUGGAGUUGCUGGUGAUGGGAAUUACGAUAAUAUUGUUAAAAGAUUAUUGGCAAAACCUAGUGCAAGAGGAGUCAUAAUCUUCGGAUCAGACCAAGAAGUCGCAGGAGUUAUGCGUGCAAUAAGAAGAAACAAUGCGACGGGCAUGUUUUCAUGGAUCGGUAGUGACGGCUGGAGUGCAAGGUCUUUAGUUUUCGACGGCAAUGAAGAUCAAGUAGAAGGUACAAUAUCUGUGCAACCUCGAGCACUGCCAGUACGAGGAUUUGACGAAUACUUUCAAAAGUUAACUAUGAAAAAUAAUGCAAGGAAUCCUUGGUUUACUGAAUUUUGGGAACACUUUUUCAACUGUAAAUGGCCAGGAAGCGUCGUUACUCCUUACAACUACCAUACGAAAGCCUUGUGCACUGGAGAAGAAAUCAUGUCAUCUGAGUUUGGGUAUGAAGCGGAAAGACAGCUGCAGUUUGUCAGUGAUUCUGUCCUGGCUUUUGCAUAUGCACUGAAGAAUUUGCAUUCAGAUCUAUGCAAAGGUACUCAUGGAUUGUGCUCUAAAAUGGAUCCAAUUGAUGGUGCUAUAUUUCUAAACUACCUGAAAAACGUUACGUUCAGAGGGUUAAGCGGAGACGAAUUUCAAUUUUCCGAAAAUGGAGAUGGUCCAGCGAGAUAUAAUAUAAUACAUUUCAAGCAAAUGAGUUCAGGAAAUUACAAAUGGAUUAGAGUUGGGGAAUAUAAAGACGGUGAGUUGAAAAUAAGCUUAUCAGACAUACGAUUUCGGUUGGAUGAGCCUGAAAUGCCAUCAUCUGCUUGUAGUCUACCCUGUAGCGUUGGCCAAGCGAAGAAAUACGUAGAAGGUGGAAAGUGUUGUUGGCACUGCUUCAACUGCACUAAAUAUCAGAUCCUUAGUACAGAAACGAACUGCUUUGAUUGUCCUCUAGGAUAUCAGCCAAAUGAGAAUCAUACUAUUUGUCAACCAAUUGAGUUGCAGUACAUGAAACUCGACAGCUAUUGGGCAAUCGGAAUCAUGACGUUAUCAUCCGUUGGAAUCGUCAUCACUAUGUUCGUGGGACUAGUUUUCUUUAAACAUCACGACACUCCUGUAGUUAAAGCUUCGGGUAGAGAACUAAGUUAUGUUUUGCUUGCUGGAAUAUUCUUAUGUUACGCAAUGACAUUUCUUCUUGUACAGAAACCUUCAAACGCCAAAUGUGGAGCUCAAAAAAUGGGAAUUGGGUUAUGUUUUACUAUUGUUUACAGUGCUGUUCUCACGAAGACUAAUAGAAUCGAUCGAAUCUUUAGAUCGGGAACCCGUAGUGCAAAACGACCAACAUUCAUAAGUCCAAAAUCCCAGUUGAUCAUAUGUGGAAUGAUUGUUAGCGUUCAACUCAUAUUAUCAGCAAUGUGGCUGGGGUUCAGUCCUCCUCGUGCCAUACAUUACCACCCUACGAGAGACGAAGCUCAUCUUGUGUGUGCUGCUUCUAUUGAUGCUUCAUACGUCGUUGCUUUCGCAUAUCCUAUGGUACUGAUUAUAAUUUGCACCAUAUAUGCUAUUCUAACAAGAAAGAUUCCAGAAGCAUUUAACGAAUCUAAAUUUAUCGGUUUUACCAUGUAUACGACUUGCAUUGUAUGGCUAGCGUUCAUUCCAUUGUACUUUACAACUACUGCUCAUGAUGAAAUCAACGUGUUUACUAUGUCUGUUACAGUAAGUCUGAGCGCAACAGUGACUUUAUUUUGUCUUUUUACUCCAAAGUUAUACGUCAUUCUCAUUCACCCAGAGAAAAAUGUUCGUCAGUCUCUCAUGUGCCAAAGCAAGUAUGGGACAAAUGACACAAGGCUCACAGCUAUAGCAGGAAAAAACGAAAGACCAACUUUAUCAGAAGGAUCAACUGAAGCGAACGAAGUGAACUGCAACUUAAGCUUAACCGUAAACUUUGCAAGAAAGCAAGCAACAUGUGCUACUCAGACGACCAGUAAUGAUUCACCGACGAAAAUACUUCGAUGCUCUAGCUGCACAUUGAUCGGGAAAGAGCAAGACCAACAAAAGAUUCGUUUGUAA